AUGGAGGCCACCGAACCGCUGUCCUCGCCAACUGGACGCGGCUUCAGCGUGCGCUCUCCCCAGUCGCCUCACUCUCCCCGCUCUACCCAUCGCGAUCAGCCUCCCCAGAGCCCUCUGAGUCCGAGAAGUCCCAUUUUCAGCAGCGCGAGGUUUGGAAAGCCGCCCAAGUCAGCUGGCGGAAAGGAAGGUCCUGGCGCUAUUACUGGGGGGAAAUGGACCAGCAAGAUGCGCAUGCCAGGCGCCUCGGCGAAGCCGUUGGUCCCCGUGACUGAGAAGAAGUCGGAAGAAUGGAAUCUGAAUCAGUCACCCGCUCGCCGUUUGAGGGGCGACAGUUCGGCCGACGACAACAAGUUCGACAUCACCCCUGAUGGAGGCUCCGCUGGUCGGGAAGGAAGGCAGUUUACCGUUGCCAACGUGGGGAACAAUGGACGGAUAUACUUGAGACCGACAGUCCGGCCCGCCAACCAGAGGUUUCCUCAGCCAAACUUUGUUUUUCCCAUAACGCCACCUGGGACAGCCGGCCUUGAUGCCUUGACCGAAAAGCAGAGACAACAAGACGCAACUAAUCUUCAUCUCAGCCAGUGGACAGCCACGCCACCUACUCCCGCAACGCCUGCAACCGCCGCAUCUCCUCCAACGGUGAACAACAAACGCUUUUUCCCUAGUCAUGCCCCACGGCCUUCUCAGCAUAGACGUGCACAUUCCGACUCGACGGCACAUGAUGGCGCGACGAGCAGGAACUCCGAGGCCGAGGGCUUCAAAAUCGUCAUUUCCAAACCAGGAGAGGAGAAGCGAUCAAAAACCACCGAGGAUCUGGACGCUCCCGACAUUCCUCUGCUAGACAUCGAGAUUCCAAGCUGGAAAUUGGGCAACCCACGGUUUACUGCUAGAGGCACGGCUUUCUUCAGAGGAUCGAGUUAUGCGCCGACAGAAGAGUUUCCCCGCUCGAGCAACGUUUCCUUCCUUCAUCGAACUCCCACGGGCGAACUUACCCCGAGAAUACCAGAGUCGUUUUCUUCCAGGAAGCCCACCCCGAUUUCGAUUCCUCAAAUACGACUGCCACCCUUGGAAUCUACGGGGCCGGCCGUAUCCUUCAGUCCAGCUCCCAUGACAACGCCCCGGUUGCCCCCCAUCCGCUCGACCUACCUGUCCACUCAUCUGGUCAUUGAACCGGCCAUGUUCGAUGCUCUCACUUUCAAGCCGGCAUGCGACGACCGAUCUUUGGUUCGCUACUCGCCGUCUACAGGCGCCGUGACCGCUGCAACGCCACCCCGCCUAGUGGCUGAAAUCACUUCGCCCAGCUUCCUCGACUAUGAGCUUAUAUCCGACUUCUUCCUCACGUACCGGGCCUUUCUGGAGCCGGCCGACUUGCUCAGGAUGUUGCUUGCUCGACUAAGAUGGGCACUGGGCCGAGAUGAUGAGAUCGGCAUGGUUGUGCGAGUUCGCACCUUCGUGGCAAUGCGCCACUGGAUCCUCAACUACUUCAUCGACGACUUUGUCAUCGAGUAUGCUCUUCGAGUGACUUUCUGCAACUUGCUGAACGAUAUGGUUGAUGAGCUUUCCACCGAUCCGCGAGGACGAAAGGUUCAACUGAAGAUUCUUGCGGAGCUGAAGAAGUGCUGGCGACGUGUGUGCGCACAGUUUUGGGAUGGUCCUGAGUUCGAUUCCUCCCUGGGCCCGAACGUACCCAUCGCCCCGGGUGGCAUUGCGGGUCAUCGAAACGCCAGCCUGGACCCUUCAUUUUGGGAGCAAGACGGUGCUGCUCCUCAGCUAGAUUCUCUCUUCGUCCCUACUAUAGAGGACAAGGAGCAAGCCAGCUUCUAUGCAGACGUUUCCCGCGCUGGACACUUUGGGGACUCUCAACCCAUUUUGGAGAGACCCUCUACGCCGGAAAACCAAAAUGUCCAGGAAUUUGACAGGACGCAAGCAGCAUCACCCACUAGUAUUGUGAGCAUGGACGUCAUUUCCUGCUCGUUUCCUGGUAAGACCACACGAGGAGCUCAGCCGGCUGGCAAUACUACGUUGGGUGCUCACCCAGUAGCGCCAUCCAGCUCCGUCUACUCGAGUGCUGGUCCGGUAGCAACGACACCAAGAGCUCUGGUCGGAAAGCGCGUCAGGCCCAGCCACGGACACAAGAGGAGCGGGAGCCUGACUGAUUCUCUUAGAGAAAAGCAGCAUGCAGCGGAGAAGACGAUAUUCCAGGAGACCGAGUUUCUCAUGUCGCUGCCUUUUGCUGGCAGCCUUGUCAGGGGAAACUUGAUGCCUCCUGGCCAGCCGUACGUUGAGAUGAUGUCUCCUAGCCUUAGUGGCGAAAACCAGCGACAGACCACCCUAUUCCAAGUGCCCCCUGAGCACAGAAGCACCGCAUCGGCGAUGUCGGGACAAGGUAUGAGGAAGCUGAUCGGCAGCGUACGACGUGCGCUCAGCACGCGAGGACAGAACGUCUCCCCAACCCAGGGCAACUUCAUCAACAUUUCGCCCAUUGGACCCCGUGGAGCCACCACUAACCGGCUCCCUGGUACCGCCAUCGUCCCGCAAGCUCAACCGCGACUGAAUGGCACCCGGCCCCCUGUUCGACUCGACCUUUUGGGUGCAGAGAUUGUGGAGGACUUCAAGAAGGCUGUUCGAGAAGACGCCGCGGUGGAGGCUGCGGCAGAUGCUGAACGACGCGGCUAUCUCAAUCCGACCAUCGGAGCGCUGCAUAGUGCACUUCCUGAUGGAGCCCUGGAUUACUCCGCGGCCCAUAUCACAUCGGCCUUUGGCAGCAGCAUCCACGACAAUGACACCCUUAGACCUGUCAGCGACAUGGCCAUUACCACCGGGAGCAAGUCGAUUGUCAUUGUCGACGACACGGUGACCAGCCCUCUUCCCGCAAUGCAUGGAGCGAUUCCAGUCAAUGAUUCCGUGGAGGCUUUUGCCGAUUCUUUCAUGCCGCCUGCAGCUGAUCCGACACCGCCGAACACGCCGCCCGGACAUCUGAUGGGUACCCCUAGACGGUCUUCAUAUCUUCUCAAUCAGCAUGUCAUAAGACCGUCUCUAUCUGCGGAUCCCUUACCGCCAUUCGUUCCUGACUUAGCAACGCUGGGCGAUAGUCAGGCACGUCCCUCUGUAGACACUGAUCGUCCCGCAUCAGACACUGUGGGACCGAUUUCAAGGCGUCCCACUCUCAGAAGAUCCGCGAAGAGGCAUAUUCGUCAAAAGUCGAGCAAGACCAAUCGCUCCCUUGAUUCUGCUACAAUUCCCCGACGUGCUGCCUCUUUCGGAAGUGCUUUCAACCCACGCUCGACAGUGAAGAGCUUCGAUGCGACGACUUACUCGGAGAACUCGGUUUCUGACGAGGACGAGCCCAGUCCUGUGCCUGAACCUCUCCGCAUCCUGAGACGACGCCCCGGCGGUGACCUGCGGGCUGUAAACAAUGUCGGCGAUUUGGACGCCUUCCCACUGCGUAAGUCUCGGUCUGUUGGCUCACUCACGACAUACUCAGAGUCUAUGCGAAGCUCCUAUCUGCAAAGCUCGAACCAUGAUACCAGUGCCUUUGUCGAUGUCGUUUCUAGCGAAUUUUCCCACCAGGACAACGCGGAAACUUUCUCGCUCGGGGCCCUGGCAGAGCCGUCAGCCAAACGUCAAGUUUCUCUGUUCAGCACGCACUCGUCUAAACCAAUCAUGCGUCCGUCUUUCGAGGCGGAGGCACAAAAGUUGGCACAAAUUCCAGACGAUGCUGACGAUGACGGCGGAGUUGAGUCGGCUCUACUUAAGCUGGAGGGCAAGUACGAGAAGAGGACAUUCAAGCUGUCCAUGGAACCCGCCAACACCCCUCUUCCAGGUGUGAUCGCAGAGAUGGUGGCAAAGAACGACAUGGAAGGAUCACCCAAGCAGGGCAGACAAAACCGGCACUUGCAUGUCUUGCCUGGAGAUGCGAUCCCGACUCACCAGCAUCAAGAGGGACCCGAUGCACAUGCAAGUUUCCUUGGUAUUCCUCAACGACCGCCCACAGAAACAGGCUCGUUCCUGUCCGAAAAGUCGGGAGGAUCGUAUUGUUCGAUCCCCCUUUUGGAGCGAGAUUUCUCAGAUGACGGCCAGAGCAAGGCAAGCGUUCGCGAAUGGACCAAUAUGUCCAUUCUCCAGGGACCAGACGACGAUAUCACGCCGGCUGUGACACCUCGUCCCAUGGAAGACACUGGAUCCCAUCAUUCAUCCUACGAGUUCGUGCGUAAGACAGAGAGUAUGGAGAAGAUCAAGUCAGGUGACACAAAGGCGCCGCCGAGCGAGCAGUCAUUUCUGGAAGACGACAGCGAUGGAGAGGACGACAAUGUUUCCGACUUAUCUUCCGAGCUUUCGGCAGAGGUUGUCGAAGCAGACGAAUUCGUGGCACCGGAGCCGCAGGCGCCCAAGUCACAUCGCAGCGCCUCGAUUUUGGAGUUCGACCGUCGCCCUCUGCGAGAAUCAGUCGUUAGCCCUGUUGACAGCCAAAAUCCUCCCUCGCCGCCAAUGACACUCGUCCAGGCUCUCCGUAUGUCGCCUGAAGCUGCAAUGAUCCCGGAGCUUCGCGAGAGUCAAGUCUUCCAACGGAAGCCCCUGCCGCUAACUCCUGACGCAACUCCGACUGAUGCUUUGUACCUCAACUCCCCCGCUGAUCCCACUGGUACGAGGGAGGCCUUGCGCGGGCAGCCAAAGAUACCUGAGGAAGAGCGAGAGUCGUCAUUGAGAUUCUCGGUGCAUCUGCCCUUCAUCCUCGCCUUCGAUUCAGAGAUCUUGGCCCAGCAGUUCACUCUCAUUGAAAAGGACGCACUGAACGAGAUCGACUGGAAAGAGCUCAUCGAGAUGGGCUGGAAGAACGCAACCAACAAUGACUCCAGGUCUUGGGUUGACUUUCUCCGGAACACAGAUGCUCAUGGCGUUGAAGUAGUCAUCGCUCGCUUCAACAUCAUGGUCAAGUGGGCCUGCAGCGAGAUUGUGCUAACCCAGAACAUUGAAGAGCGGGCGCGCUGUAUCAUCAAGUUCAUUCACAUCGCAGCUCACUGCCGCCGCUACCGCAACUUUGCGACCAUGAGCCAAAUCACCAUUGCUCUCACGUCGAUGGAGGUGUCGCGGUUGACGAGGACUUGGGCCAUGGUACCGCCUUACGAUAUGAAAACUUUGCAAGAACUCGAGGGUCUCAUCUCCCCUACACGAAACUUCUACAGCUUGCGUGCGGAGAUGGAGGGAGGCUCCGACGAUGGCUGCAUCCCAUUCGUCGGCAUCUACACCCAUGAUCUUCUAUUCAACGCGCAGCGGCCGUCUGAGAUUGCUAGCUCGCCGACAACCGCCCCUCUGGUCAACUUUGAGAGGUGCAGGUACUCGGCUACCAUUGUCAAGACAUUACUUAGGCUACUGGAGGCCAGUACUCUAUACGAAUUCCAGCCUGUUGAGGGCAUCACUGAGCGCUGCCUCUGGAUGAGUGCUUUGAGCGAUGAAGAGAUUCGCAAACACUCUCACCGCCUAGAGUAG